CGAUGACUGACUCAAACUCAUUCGAUAAGAAGCAGGAAGAAGCUGAUGGUGGCAGUGUAAAGGAGGGUAAGAAGAAGCAAAAGAAGCAAAAUACAUGGAGACCACAGGGGCCCAGAGACCCAUUCGAAAUGCUGGACUCUCUGCCAGAAAAGAAGCAGCAGGAGAUCCAAAGAGCCCUCCACCUCUUCUCCUUGGGCUCAACUCUACCUAAAACCCUGCAGCAGGCGAAGAAACACACAUACGCCUUCUGGGAUACACAGCCUGUCCCCAAACUGGGUGACAGUAUAACAACUCAUGGCCAAAUAGUAGCGGCUGAAGCCAGUGUCCGUAAGGAGCCCUAUUCUCUACCUCAGGGUUUUUCAUGGGACACUCUGGACCUGACAAGCCCUACAGUGCUGCAAGAGCUAUGCACACUACUGAAUAACAACUACAUGGAAGAUGAUGACAACACCAUCAGAUUUGACUUCUCUGUUGAGUAUCUGCAAUGGGUUUUGCAGCCUCCAAACUGGCUGGCCGAGUGGCACUGUGGUGUGAGAGUAGACACCAAUAAGAAGUUAGUGGGCUUCAUUGCUGCAGUUCCUGCAGACGUCCGCAUGUAUGAAACGGAGAAGCGGAUGGUUCAGGUCAAACUCCUGUGUGUUCAUAAGAAGCUGCGCCUCAAGCGGAUGACUCCAGUUCUGAUCCGAGAGCUCACUAGACGGGUUAACCAGCAGGACCUCUACCAGGCUGUCUAUACAGCUCCCUUAGUGCUGCCCACACCAGUGAGCUCCUGCAGAUACUGGCAUCGACCUCUGAAUUUCCGUAAGCUGAUGGAGGUCAACUAUCCAGGUCUCAGACAAGACAUGACCCUGCAGAGAGCUCUCAAAGUCCACCGCCUCCCUGAGGUAACAAAGACGUCUCGCUUACGCCCUAUGACCAAAGAAGAUGUUAAGGGGAUACACUCACUUCUCCAGGAGAACCUCAGCAAGUUUAAACUCAGCCCCAUCUUAUCUCUGCUGGAAGUAGAGCACUUGCUAUUGCCAAGGGAGAAUGCCAUUGACACCUAUGUGGUGGAGGGUGAUGAUGGUACACUGACAGAUGUGGUGAGCUUCUACAGCAUCUCCUCCAAGGUGCUGAAUCACCCGGUCCACACCGAACUGAGAGCAUCUUAUCUCCUUUACAUUGCGCCGACUGCCACAAACCUGGUGGACCUCAUGGAGGACAUGUUGGUCCUAGCGAAAUCUAAUGGUGUUGACAUCUUCAUUGCUCUCGAUGUGAUGGAUAACAAGAGUUUCCUGGAGAAGCUUAAGUUCAGCAUCAGUGACAAGAGCCUGCAUUACUACCUGUACAACUGGAUGUGUCCUAACAUGAGUCCAGAGGAGGUGGGCUUGGUGUUACCUAACUAA